AUGACUUUAACCUCCAUCCUGCUUCCCCGGUGGAUUACUUGCUCCGUUCCCUCCCCCCAGACCUCUCACAACCAUGGCCGCCACCACAAACACUACCACAUCAUCAUCCACGACUCCUCCUCACCUGUCCAUGUGGCAGCGGUCUCCGGCGGCUUCCACGAUUAUAUCGGCCUCCACCAGCGAUGUCAGACGCCUGUCGUCAACGACUUAGUGCAAGUGUUCCGGGACUAUAAUAAUCCCAGCGACAGUGCGGCGAAAUCCGUCGUCUCCUUCGCCCCCAUCAAAGACAGGCACGCCAAACACGCCAAACAGCAAACCGAACAGGAGGAAAAAUUAAAAUGUAUCCCCUUCCCCGAUCCCCGAUUCUGCUCCUCCGGUGGUCGUCUCCAUGCCAACUCUACUACUGGCCUUGGUCCUGGUCCUCCUUCCUCUCCUCCUCCUCCUUCGUUUCCUCCCAACAAUCCCAACAACCCCAUUCCCGACCCUGUUGAUCCCUCCAACCCCAAACCCAAACCCGGCCCCGAUAUCCCGGACCCCGGCAGCAGCAGCCAUCAACAAGAGGAGGAGCCGCGCAGAUUCUUCUGCAACAUGUGGAAGUCCACGGCCUUUUUGAUGAAUCUCUUUGUGGUUUUGGAAGUCGCGACGCUGGUGGGGUUCGUGGUUUUGUUGGUGUUGGGUGAUGGUGGUGGGCAUCAUCAGGACGUGCGAAGAAGGAGGAGGAGGGGAAGUAGGGGAAGUGGAAGUGGACGAGGUGGGAGAGGAGGGCAAGGAGGGCGAGGGGGGGAGGAAAGCUUACUUGGUGGGCAACAUGGUGGGCAACAUGGUGGACGAGAUGAACAAGGUGGACAGGGUGAACAAGAUGGAUCAAAUGGACCAAAUGGGCCAAAUGGACAAGGAAACGGGUUUAUGUCCGAGCGUCACUCGAGGCUAGUAACGAUAGUUCGGAGGGCGCUAACUAUAGGCAAUCUCUACUCUUUACGCGCUGAGGAUGCCGGCUACCGUCAGACAGAGUCCAUGGGAAUAUGUGUUCAUUCAUCUCAAGUCCGGAACACCGACACCUUGAAGGUCAUGGUCGAUCAAGGAAAUCGGGAUUUGGCCGACCAAAUAGGGGUAUGCAUAAUCCACUUGCCGAAAGGAAUCUGA